AUGGCUCCUCAACUCUCCUCCUCUUUCAUUGCUUUGGCAUUGUUGCUUGCUGUUGCUUCGGCAAAUUCUGGAGACCUGCAUGAGGUCUCUUCAUUAGCAUUCAGUUACAAUGGUCAAUAUGGCCCUGCCAACUGGGGAAGCUUGAACCCCACAUUCUCUGCAUGCUCAUCUGGGAAAGUUCAGUCUCCUCUCAACAUUGUCAAGAAAGAGGCUGUGGAAAACAAAAAUUUGGCACCCCUGACCAGGGAUUACAAACGUGCAAAUGCUACUCUUGUUAACAAUGGCUUUAAUAUUGGGUUGCAUUUCGAGGAGGAUUGUGGAGUCUUGAUUAUAAAUGAUAAAAACUACACAUUGAAGCAAAUGCACUGGCAUUCUCCUUCCGAGCAUCAGUUUGAUGGAGUCCGAUAUGCUGCCGAGCUUCAUCUGGUCCACCAGGACGUUUCUGGCUCUAUCGCUGUCGUGUCAAUGCUCUACGAACUUGGCGAUGCUGAUCCAUUUAUCAGUAAGAUUUCAGACAAGCUGGAUGCUCUAGCAAAGGAGGCGUGUGCAGGCAAUGAAGAAGCCCAUAUUCCUAUUGGAGUCUUGGACAAUAAACUCUUACGAAAAAAUACCCGCAAGUAUUACAGAUAUGUUGGUUCUCUUUCUACUCCUCCAUGCAGAGAAAAUGUGCUCUGGAACAUUCUUGGAAAGGUAAGAACAAUAUCCAAGAAGCAGGUAGAAGCCCUGAGAGCUCCAUUGGGCGAUGAUUACAAGCAGAAUGCGAGGCCUGUGCAGCCACUGAAUGGAAGAAAGAUUGAACUGUAUAAUGAAUUUACCAACUAA